UCUUCCUCUGUUUCUCCUUAGCAUUGUAAGAAAGCCCUUCAUCAGAGAUAACUUGACAAAUAAAAUCACCAUGUCUAUCAUCCCAAACUUGUUCGGUGGUAGACGAAGCAACGUCUUCGACCCAUUCUCUCUGGACGUAUGGGACCCUUUCGAGGGGUUUCCUUUUUCCACAGGUCACGUGCCUUCCUCUGGUGGGGAAAGCAGUGCCAUAGCCAACACUCGCGUGGACUGGAAGGAGACUCCGGCGGCUCACGUGUUCAACGUUGAUCUUCCCGGGUUGAAGAAGGAGGAAGUGAAGGUUGAAGUUGAAGAUGGGAGGGUGCUGCAGAUUAGUGGUGAGAGGACCAAAGAACAAGAACAGAAAGAUGAUAGGUGGCACCGCGUUGAAAGAAGCACUGGGAAGUUCAUGAGGAGGUUCAGGCUUCCCGAGAAUGCCAAAAUGGAUCAGGUCAAGGCUGCUAUGGAGAAUGGAGUGCUAACUGUUACUGUGCCCAAGGAGGAAGACAAGAAACCUCAAGUCAAGUCAAUUCAAAUAUCUGCCUAGAUCUUUAAUUGGUUGUUGCUGUCUCUCAUUCCAAACAAGUGUGUUCUGUUCUGUCUUUACUGUAUGUUGUUCCAUGUAUUUGUUUAUGCUGUGUGUUGUGCUUUAUGUCAUUUGUGAGGGUUUAAUACUGGGGAAGUUGAAAGUUUUCCGUUAAAUGUAUCAAUAAACUUUUAUUGCUUUAUCUCGA